UUGUCACCAACGCCUCGCAGCUGACGCUUCGAACAAACAUCAUUUCUAUUGGUCGAUCAGUCUAAGCCCCGCCUCCUUCAGAAGAAAUUAAUAGCGCUUGCGCAUAGCAGGGGAGAAUCGCAUUACAGCAACGAAAAUGAUCAACUGGAAGGCCCUGGACAACGUCCCCCUCCUCUUCUACAUCCUGGCCCUGAAGACGCUGCUGCUGUGCUUGGCCUUCGCCGGGGUCAAGAUUUACCAGAGCAGGAAAGCCGAGGAGGACCUGAAGAGGCAGCAGGCCGAGAGGAGGAGGCUGGCCCAGCAGACCCAGGAACUCAUCGACAACCUGAAGGAGGACUGAGAAAGUCCAGAGAACCAACUCCUCCCAACGAGUCGGAGAAGCAGAAAGAAAGAGGAGAAUCUGCUUCUGCACUGGAAUGUUGACUUCACGAGUUUUACUCCAUAUUGACUGACUGUUUUUUCUGUGUUUUUAAAUAUAUACAUAUCAGAAGAAAGGAAAACAGAAUCUAUUCAUACAUGGAAGAACAGCUCAUGGUCUGAGCUGAGCUUUGUGUGUGGCUGAGUUUUCACUGCCUGAAAUAUUUUUGUGCUUAUUUUUGUAACUAUAUUAAAUAGUUUGUUCCACAUCA